CCGCCGCCAUGGGCCUCACGGUCUCCGCCAUCUUCUCCCGCAUCUUCGGCAAGAAACAGAUGAGGAUCCUGAUGGUGGGGCUGGACGCCGCCGGCAAGACCACCAUUCUCUACAAGCUGAAGCUGGGCGAGAUCGUCACCACCAUCCCCACCAUCGGGUUCAACGUGGAGACAGUGGAGUACAAGAACAUUUGCUUCACUGUCUGGGAUGUGGGUGGCCAGGACAAAAUCCGACCCCUCUGGAGGCACUACUUCCAAAACACGCAGGGUCUCAUCUUCGUGGUGGACAGCAACGACCGAGAGCGAGUGCAGGAGUCUGCCGAUGAGCUGCAGAAGAUGCUGCAGGAGGAUGAGCUGCGGGAUGCCGUCUUGCUGGUGUUUGCCAACAAGCAGGACAUGCCCAAUGCCAUGGCGGUGAGCGAGCUGACCGACAAGCUGGGGCUGCAGACGCUGCGCAGCAGGACCUGGUACGUGCAGGCAACGUGUGCGACCCAGGGCACGGGGCUCUACGACGGGCUGGACUGGCUAUCGCACGAGCUCUCCAAGCGCUAG